UUACACUUGAAGUUGUUAAUUACAACUGGCAAAGUAGGGUGACUUUCUGUGUUUAAUAUAUAAUAUAUGUAUUAAAAUAGCCAAGGUUUUAAAACGUGCAGAUAAAUACAAUGCUACAUAUCCAUCCAAAAGAUCCUCUUAUGGAUGAAAAAGUUUACCUCUCCAUAUCUGGUUUGAAUCCUACACAACCAGUAACAAUAUCAUGCCAGCUAAAUGACGAGGGAUGUUUCUAUGUGUCUUACGCUCACUUUAUCACAUCCAUAGAUGGAGCUGUGAAUGUCAGUGAGCAUGGGUCGUUUGGUGGAAGUUACGUUGGUGUUGACACCAUGGGUUUAUUCUGGAGCAUGCAAUCAAAAAAGGGACAAAAGAUUGGUCUGAUAUUUCGCCCUAAGGAUGUGACAAAGCCUGUAAUUUAUACCUUAGAAGUUUACAAAGGUCAUCUUAAUGAAGAAGAAUGUCCUGAAACUAGUACAGAAUUUAAUGUGUCCAAAACUGCUAAGUUAUUGUUUGAAAACGAAUUUUUGAAGUAUUGGUGCGGUCCAGGUGUAAGCCGUCAUGAAGUAUAUCAUAAAGCAAUCAGAGGAAGCAUAUUUAAACCAGAAGGUCCAGGACCGUUUAAAGGUGUUAUUGAUAUAUACGGAAGUGGUGGUGGCAUAACUGAAGGUCGUGCUGCUCUCUUGGCUUCACAUGGCUUUAUAGCAUUUGUGUUACCGCAUCACCGAUACCAAGACCUUCCAAGGCGCAUGGAAGAAGUUAGAAUAGAGUAUUUAACAGACGCUAUUGAUUAUUUCGCUUCCCUACAAGAAGUAAAGCAAGGUAUUGCUCUGCUUGGAUUUUCAUUAGGGGCCUGGUUAGUGUUGUUGUUGAGUAUUUUAAACCACGAGGUAUCUGCUGUUGUAUCUAUCGGCACUCCACCUUACAUGCCGACAGGUAUGAUAAAAGAUGGAAAGAAAUACCCUCCGACAGAAGAGCAGAUAACGGGUGAGAAGUACCAGUUAAAAUUCGCGUUAUCUUACCCAAAAGACAAGCACGGUGGAGAAUUAAUGAAUAUUUAUGUUUACGACGAACGUACGGAACAUUUAACUUUGGAAAUUCAAAAAUCUGAUGCCAAAUUUUUGAUAGUCUUCGGCGAAGAUGAUAAGUUAAUGAAUGCUGUUAAGACAUCAGAACAACUUCAAAAACAAAUGCAAAAGCAUAAGAAAGAAAACUAUAUACAACAAUUAUUAUAUCCCAAAUCUGGACACACAAUCGAUCCUCCGUAUCUGCCGUUCACACCAGUUUUUUACGAUCCUCAUCCUGCGUUAAAGCGGGCUUUAGCAAUGGGUGGAGAAAUGGUAGAACAUUCAGCUGCUUGUGUACAUGCAUGGGAACAGAUAUUAAAAUUCAUUCGUGAAAAUGCUGGAUUACGUUAUGCCACGUCAAAAUUGUAACCUACGCUUCAUGUACCAUCAUUAAAGCAGCCACAAAAAGUUCGUUUUGCCUGACACGUGUAUAUACCGUCAUAUAACUGAUAUGAAGUUAUAAAAAACAUUUUAACGCAAACCCUACUAUCAUUUUAUUACAUUAUAUUUAGAUGAGUGUCGUACAGGUUGGCACAACAUACCUGUUGUAUCGACCAAGCCCACCUAUUGUGUGAGCGCCCCAGGUACAAAAAAGUCAAAAUUUUUUGUGAAGUAUCUAAUUUUGUUUAAAAAUCACUUUUUGUAAUUUUUUUAAUUAAAUUCCAACUUUAUUAUUUAGCAAUUUUAUUGCUUUUAUAUACGUAGAUCAAUAUGUUGUUCGAAGUUCUUUGUGAUAGUUGCCGUUCAUAAUCAUUCAACAUUAUUGCCGAUUUAGCGUUUUCUUCCGCAAAAACCAAAUUUAGUACAAAAGUUAGCCGUGUUUCUUAUUGCGGUGUUAUAACCCAAU